AUGAUCAAGGAAGAGAUAUCUAACAAGGAAGAUAGGCUCCUACAUGUUGUCUCUCUAUUGUUCUCUUCAUACAAACUUGAUACGAAGUCUAUUGUUGAUAUUAGAACUGGGGUGUUAGAGGAAAAGACUGUAGCAAUGCAAGCUUGUGGGUUAUUUUUUCUGAUUACGAAAAGUGUUUAUGUCCCACAUUUAGAGUCUCAGGGAUUUCUGAUAUGGCCUACUGGUUAUUUCCAUGAAGAUACAUUAAGGGUUGCUGAUACUGUUGUUAAGACGAUUGUGUGGGAUGCAAAGAAAAGAGAUGCAUGGGUUAACAAUCAUGGCGGUACAAUAAACACAAUGAAAAGAACCGAAGACGGGUUAAAGCUGAAAGAGACGAACGAUGAACAACAGCAAUAG